CAAAAAUUUUAAAGAGUAUGGAAUAUAAUGUAUAUUCAAAUGAUAGUAGUACAAAUGAAAUUAUUAUUGCCGCCUUAGAAGAUUUAGACAAUACAUUUUUUGUAGAAUAUUUAGAUUCUGAAAGUGAUAAAGAGUUAGACUCUUUAUCGGAUAUUGAACCGCCCACCAUCUGA